AUGACAAAAUUGACGAUAGAUCAAGGCUACGAGGCCGCUGUCGUGAAGGGUACCAGGCUACUCCAGAUACUUGCCGCGAAGGACAAGACACAAGAUCAAAGUACAUACGAGGACAUAAAAGCGCUAGCUCAACAUGGCUACCUUCUCAAGCCUCAAGAUAAAGCCUUUGAGAUCGACUGUAUCGCCGACGCGCUCUGCGAUCUAGGUGUGAGCCACAAAAUGGUGUAUGAAGGCGGAGAGAACACCAGAACACAUCAUGUACAUGAUCGGGACGGAGCAUUAGCGAGAGAAGAUGAUUCGACAACGCAUGGAUACUUUUCCCAAGUCAGCAACCCACAUUCUGGUGUCUUGAUCGCAGACAGCAAUCUUAGCCCUACCCACGCAGCCAAAUUCGAUGACGAAAGAGAAGAAGAAGCCGGGGAACUACCGUCACUGCGACACUGGUCAGACGUAGCGUUCCUGCAAUACCUUUCUUCUUUCCUCGAGCCACCUAUGCGGCCGGUUUCGCUCAACUACAUCUUCCGCGUCCAGAUACAAAACGCCGCGACGUCUUUAGUGCUCAAUAAGAUUAUCAGCAAACAUGCCGCGUUUACUUACGACAUGUGGCCCGGUAUCACGUUCGGUAUGGACACUGAAGAAGGGAAGGCGAUCUUGGGAACGCCGAAUGGUUGUGGUGUCGCUUGGAUGCUUGUCCAACACAGAAAGUCGUUUGGGGAGAAGAAGAUUGAGAAGGUGACUUUGUUUCAUGCGGCUAAGAAGGAUGAUCUGUUUAGAUGGCCGAGUUUGCUGUUUUGGAUUGUGUAG